AUGCAGCGAUUCCUCAUCUCUUGCCUUUGCAUACUGUAUAUGGUUUUCGUUAAAGCGGUUGAAGCAGGACAAGAUACGUGCACAGAAUCCAAGUGCAGUGACGAUCAUGGCUUGGCUAUCCAUUUCCCGCUCCACGUCAGACAUCAUUGUGGUGAUCCUAGGCUUGAAUGCAGUGGUAGACAGGAGAAGGUUCUUGAGGAGCAAGUAGCACUAGUAAAAUUCUUUGUCAAAAGCAUAGAUUACAACAGUGGGCUAAUCGAAGUUUAUAACCCAGAUGGCUGCCUGCUGUUAAUGCCCUUAGAAACUCCUAACAUUCCAUUCUCCCCCUUCCACUUAUUGGAUUAUGAAAUACGUAACGUUACCUUAUUCCAUUGUCCUGCUGAAAGAGAUACAUAUUUGUAUCAAGUCCCCUGCCUCGGCGGCCCUGGCUACAGAGUUUACGGCGUUUUUUCUUAUUCUGGUUUGUUUUUGAGCCUCCCGUACCUGAAGUCCUGUACAAGGAUGUAUGAUGUUUUUUUUCCAAUUUCGUCUUUGGUUGACAGCUCUAUUCUUCGCUUUAAAUGGUCUAAGCCAAAUUGCACGGAAUGUGAAGCGAGGGGCAAGAGUUGUAGAUUGAAGGACAAUGGCAUCAACAGUGAAGUUGAAUGUGUUCACUUGAAGAAAGCAAGCAAAACAAUGGAAUUCGUGGCAACGGGUGCAACGCUGGGUUCAUCCCUUCUUUUAGUACUGGUCAUUGCAGUGUAUCGUGUCUAUAGAGCUGAUCAAAAGGAAAAAGAGAAUCAACUGAAAAUCGAAAGGUUUUUAGAGGAUUACAAAGCUCUCAAGCCAAGCAGAUAUUCAUACGCAGAUAUUAAGAGGAUCACAAAUCAAUUCAAGGACAAGUUGGGCCAAGGAGCCUAUGGAACUGUUUUUAAAGGAAAGCUUUCUUCUGAAUUCUUUGUUGCUGUGAAAGUACUUAACAAUUCUAAGGGAAAUGGGGAAGAGUUCGUAAACGAAGUGGGAAUGAUGGGCCAUAUCCACCACGUGAACGUAGUUCGCUUGGUUGGCUUUUGUGCUGAUGGAUUUAGACGAGCUCUUGUUUAUGAGUUCUUCCCGAAUGGUUCGCUGCAGGAUUUCAUUUCAUCAGCGGAUAGUAAGCACAGUUUCCUUGGUUGGGAAAAGUUGCAUGAUAUUGCUGUAGGCAUAGCCAAAGGAAUUGAAUAUCUUCACCAGGGGUGUGAUCAACGAAUCCUCCAUUUUGAUAUCAAACCCCAUAAUGUUUUGCUAGACCACAACUUCACUCCAAAAAUUUCUGAUUUUGGUUUGGCCAAAUGUGUUCCAAGGAUCAAAGUAUAG